AAUGAGCGCGAGGAGGUACUACGUUCGCUCGUGUUCACUCGCGGUUCUUGAGUGAUAAAAAUGAAAGAGAAAAGAAAACAGGAAUAUUUUCAUUCUAGUUUCCAAAUUUAGUAUCAACACCGUUUUACUCCCCCAUUGAUUGGUAUAGUCCAAAGUGGAGAGGUGUUUUGUGUAUUUUUUAAUACUUAACAUACUACCAGCUACAAGUGCCGUGAGUUCUGUUGUUUUUGAAAAUAACUUGAUAAGUGAUCGGAUGGAAUGAGAAGAGCUGUGUGAACAACGUUUCAUUCAAAUUUUACAAUUAUGGAUGAACAAUGGACAAUUUCUCGUCUCAAUGUCUUGAAGUGUUCCGAAAAGAAGCAGUCAGCCGGCAAGAUGUAAAGAUGGCUGCCAAUACUACGCGCGCGUGUGGAUACGAAAUUUUCGACGUUUCGGAUAAGAAAUGUGAGCGAUAGAAUUCAAGCAAAGUGAAAUAUAAUUGAUAGAAGAUGUGUUAACCAAAUAUCCAAUUGAAUUCGUCAACAUGGGCAGUAGUUGCUCUUCGGGGCAAGCUCAUAAGGACAAAGACAGCGUUUCUACAAGAUCAGAAGAAUCUACUGCUUGCUGUAGGUCUCCCAGCUAUCAGGUAUCAGGCAAGAAAUCCUCUCAGCAACAACAGGAAGCUGAUAGAAAGUCCAAGAAGCAGCAACAACAUGGCAAUCACAGUACAAGUCUACCACAACAGCCACAUUCUGGGGUCAUUCUGGAGGCCUCCACUGUUGUUGCUGCAGUGCAGCAGCAGUUGCGUGGCAAUAAUGGAGGAGGUGGAGUUCAGGUGGAGAGUGUGGCCACUCCUUCAGCUGUGGCUUUUGAGAGAAAACCCACGAAAGAUGGACUGACUAAAGUGAGAAAUAUUGCUACCUCCAGUAUAUCAGCUGAUUCUAUGUCUCUCUCAUCUCCUCCUGGUACGUCAGUACAAAGUCCACGGGAUUUUGAUAAGUGUGAGACAUCACUUCCACAAGAAGUGCAACAAUUACCAGAGAAUCUGCAGAACUUAUUAAUGGGACGUGUUGCAUCUGCUCGGACUACCACCAAGACUCGCAAAAUUGUCAUCUAUGUCUGUGCUGCUGAUUCACAGGAUUGUUGCAUUGAAAAGGGAAUGCUUCACAAUGCUGUGUACCCAACAUUUCGAGACUACUGCCGCAGACAAGGUUAUGAGCUUCAUAUUGUUGACUUACAUUGGAAAACUGGUCUAGAGAAGCAGCAAGAUCAUGAGUUCCCUGAACUGUGUCUUGGAGAACUGGCACGACAAAUGGAAGUGGCAUAUGUGAUUCCAGUGCUAUUUUUAAGUAACUCUCUUGGUACACCCCUUUUACCUAAAACUAUUGAAAUUCAAGAUUUUGAAAUGGCACUUAGUAAUGCUGACAAUAAGGAACUGUUGCAAAAGUGGUACAAACUGGAUGGUCAUGCCCAACCACCUUGCUAUAGAUUGCAGCCCAUUGCCAGCCACAUUCCAGGAUUUAAGGAAAAUUCUCCGGAGGAGAAGGAGAGUGCACUGAAUGAAUGGCGUUCAGAAAUAGAGCGAACACUUGCUGUCAUGGUGAAUGCUUUUCCACAGGAACUAAGGGAUACUUAUCUCACCACUGUAGUGGAACAAGAGGUGCACAACACAGUGUGCAUGAGCCAGGAGCUCGCUCGUAGAUGCUUAUGGCUGUAUCGUGUGUGUGCACCAGCAGGUGGUCAAUCACAAGAUCCUCCCUCAUCAGGUGAAAUAGAGCUACGGCGCAGAUUGGAAGCAUUGCACAAAGAUCUGAAGAAUCAGCUAAAUGAAAAACAUAUUCUGCGUAUGCCAGUUCGCUGGGUUGAAGGUGGUUUGGACCUUGAGCUUCCAGAGCAUGCACAGUAUGUUUCAGAUGUCACAUUACAAUUAAAUAAACAUCUCCAGGCUUUGGUGGAUACCAUUAUAGAAGAGGACCAAACCAAAUGUGUGUUGAAAUCAAGUUAUGGAAUUGAUAGCAGACUGUUUCAAGAAUUGAUGCAGCAGACAGGUUUCUGUCAGAGAGCAGCACAAUGUAGUAUCAACCGAGAGGCAGUUUUACAGGAAAUUAAAAGCUAUGUGGUGGGAGAAUCCCAGCAUCCAUUAGUAGUGUAUGGACCCCGAGGUUGUGGAAAAACUACACUGAUAGCCAGAGCAGCUCAGUGCUGUCACACAUGGCAACCCGAAGCACUUCUUGUUGUAAGAUUUGUUUCCAUAUCAACUCAAAGUCAUACCACAGAGCAACUGUUAAAAAGUAUUGUGGACCAAUGCUCAUUAUUGACAUAUGGACAACAGUCCUGGGCUGUUCAUAACAUACAGAGCUAUACAGAACUUCUACCCCGUUUGUUGGCUGCUUCUUGUAUUCAUCGUCCCCAGGUUAUCAUGAUUGAUGCUAUAGAUCAGGUGAAGGAGUAUGGGACACAAAAUUUGGACUGGUUGCCAGAUAAACUCCCUGAAAAUGUAAAAAUUGUUCUCUCAGUGGCUGAUGACAGCCUUGUGUUUACUGAGAUUCAGAAGAAAGUUAAGAAUCUAUCUGCUCUAAUACCAAUGCCUGCAUUGGGUAAGUUGGAAGCUCAGUCAAUUCUUAUGGCAUCUGUGAUGCAGUACAACCACAGUGUAAACAGCCGUGUCCAGGACUGUGUACGCUCCUCUGUCCAGGACUGUACUUUGCCUCUGUAUGUGAAGGUGCUGGCAUGGCAGACAUCUUGGUGGACAGAUAAAGAUCAUGAUAUUGUGCCAAAAGGAAAUGUCACAGAUCAACUUCAUCUUAUGCUGGAAGAGCUAGAAACCAUCUUGGGCAAGGAAAGGGUAGAACAUGCUCUGGCACUGGUUACAGCAGCCAAAACUGGACUCAGUGAUUCAGAGAUGCUGGACCUUCUUGCUCAUGAUGCAGCCUUCCAUAGUCAAGCUACUUAUGUUUUGUGGGCACCAGGAUGCUUAUUUUGGGCCAGACUCAAUAAGUAUCUAGCUCCAUUUCUGCUCUGGUCAAGUGUAGAUGGCCUAAGCACAUUGCUUUGGCGAGAUGAUAUGCUAUACAAUGCAGUGAAGCAAAGAUACCUUGGUGAUGAAACAAGAAGACGGUGGGCUCAUCAGACACUUGUUAAUUAUUAUCAGGGAAAGUGGGCAGAUGAACAACAUUCUGGGAUGACUGGGCGACGUCUGCUCCAGCCUGACAAAACCAGCAAGUGCUAUAACAGAAGAAAGCUGGAUGAACUCCCCUUCCAGGUGUUUUGGCUUUGUGGUUCUUUAAAGGAGGAGUUUCUUUAUAACCAUUCCUGGUUGUAUGUGAAGCUUUGUGGUUCUGAUGUAUACCAUGUACUGGAGGACAUUGCUCUAGAAGAGAAAUCUUUGGUCACUAAUAAAGGACCAGAAAAGGACCUUCUCUUUCUUAGAAAGUUUCUUGAAGAAUGCUCUUGUGCAUUGGCAUAUGAUGGGAGGCAAUUUUACUCUCAGCUGUAUGGCCACCUAUCUGCUAUAUUUGGUUCUCAUGAAGGGAAGACACCUUUUCAUGAAGGUGAUUUAGAAAGGAAGCCUUCCUCAUCAGAAUCAAUUUGGGAGUCGCCUGAAGGCUACAAAUUUGUGAGGGAACUGUAUGAGGUUUGUUGUGACCCCCCUGUUCUUUCCCUCCUUCCUCUUCAGCCGCUGGUCGGUGGAAGUGCAGGAUCUGAGGAAGGGAAGAAUGUGAUGGAUAAGUUGUCAGUUUCUGCUGCAGCUGCAAGUAGUGGUGGUGCAGUUGAAGUAGAGGACUUGGACCAGUUGUGUCGGUUUGACAUGGUAACACGGCUGGUUGAUAAUCCUGAUUUUGUUGUCACUGUGUCAACAGAACGGGAAGAAAUUUCAGUGUGGGACGCCCAUGAUGCCAUCCCUGUAAGAACUCUUGUUGGAGUCACACAUCCCAUUAAUCUCAAGGCCAUUGAUGAUACCAGAUGUGUGGUCCUGUGUCGAAGAGAACUUAGAAUCUAUGAUUUGGACUCAGGAGAGUUUGUAACAAGACUGAAGGGUGUCAUGAAUCAGAAGAUGCCCUAUUAUGGACUCCAUGAUCGAGGUCAUCUGGUAGCACUUUCGCGUAAUCGAAUGUAUGUGAACCUCAUGAACCUGGAGAGUGGAGACUGUGUAACAACGUUCAAGGCAGGGGAGGACCGGUUCCUAAAUUCCUUGCUUGUUUCUGGUGAUGGCAGAGUGUUGGUCUGUGGGGAUGAAACUCAGAAGCCAUUUCCUUUGCUCGUAUGGAACUUGUCAUCUAGAAAAUUGCUGUAUGAUUUGCGAAUCCCUCAUCAUGACUUUGUCACAAGUCUGGCUGCCAUCACACACGAAGGACAUUAUGUAUGUUGUGUUGCAAAGGAAGUGGAUGAACCAUGCCCCAACUUCAUUGUUGUGUAUGACCUACAAAGUGGGACAUUGUUCAAAAAGUGGAAGCCAGGUGUAAAUACAGUUUCUCUUGACAUUUCAUCUCGAGAUGGCUGUGUCAUCAGUGGGCUAGAGGAUGCAAGGAUUCUAGUCUGGGAUCUUGUGACAGGAAAUUGCCGGUGGUACUUGUGCGGGCACACAGCCCCGGUCAACUUCUUGCGACUUGAUUCCCUUGGAGGUACAUUCCUCUCAGCAGACUCAGUCUGUAGAGACCGAUCACUUCGGCUUUGGGACCUCAAUAAAGGUGAGCUGCUGGCAGUGUACACACCUGAACGUCCUGUGACAUCAUGUGAGGUGACAAGAGGGGGGCACUUUGUGGUACUAGCCCUGCGUGGUCUUUCACACAUCACUACAUUACAAUUACGUGGUCCACAAGUAGAUAUCUCUGUAGGCAGUGAAAACCACUGCUAUGGGCAUCCUGAAAACUUAGGUAAAACCUUUGACUUGCGUGAUGAAGUACGUGCAGCAGAAAGGUGACAGAAGAGAGCAGGGUCUUGUCUUUGUAAUGGAUGAACACAAGUAGCAACAACCUCACUACAAAACUUGAGUGUGUGGCAAUAUGAUCGUUCAGAAAUAUAAGAAAUUUUGAUUACCCUUUAAAAUGUAUUGCUGUGGUAUUGCAUAAAUUUCAUAUCAUUCUCAAUACUUUUCCAAAUUAAAAUUAUUUCUGUGCUGGCUCUGAUAAAGAUCAAAAGCAUUAGAGGCAUUUUCAUUGAUGACUAAAUGUUUUCAUAUAGCAGUAUUUAAAAUUACUCUACAGAGGAGGUCACACUUUUGUAUUGAAUCCAAACCAUUUCUCAUUAGAACAGCAGAAAGAUCUCAUAUAAAUUGUCCACUGUCAAUAAGCAGUAUGAAGUAGCUUGGUAUGUUUGAUGUAUGCUAUGGAGUCAGUGUCUCUGACUCCUUGUAAUAAUCACAUCCACUCAUGAGCCAUAAUUUGUCCAUAUUGGUGCGGAGGGAUAAUUCAUAAGUUCUAUUGUUUCAAUGAUACUGAUAGUGCACUGCAUAAUUUAGACUCAACCCUAAAAACCACAAAAUAGUGUUCAAUAAUAAAUCAUAAGAUAUUUGGACUAAGUGAGAGUCAUGAUGUUGUCUAAAAUGUUUAGUAAAUAUUGAGUGGAGAAAUGCAAUUAGUAAAUAUGUUUUUCAUGCUUUUAUUACAAACUGGUUUUGUGAUUACAUAUCUAUGUUAAUAGUGGUGUCUUUUUCCAUAAGCUUUAAUGUUAUUAAGUUUGUAUACUGAUACUGAAAAGGUUUCUUGAUCAUCGUGGUUACUGUUGUGGCACAUGUUAAAAGUUAUGAAUUACUGGCAGUAUUGAGUCUUAAAUGUUUUUGUAACUAGAAUGUUUUAUGAUGUUCAAAAGAAAAGAUUUAUAUACAAGCCUACCAUUGACAGAUACAGUUGACUAAAGAUGCUAAGUGUGAUUAUUUUUUGCCUCAAUUGGAUAUGUAUUUUGAGGUGUGAAGGAAGAUGUGCACUGGUAAUGAAUAUGCAUUCUCCUCUAUAUUUGUUUCUAAAAGGACACUCUACCUCAUAACUGGAUAUAAUAAUGCAUGUGAAAAUUAACUCUAUAGGAAUGUAGAGAUAAAAAUCUAAAAUGAAUUAAACAACUUGCAGAGUUUAGCAAUAAUAUUCAAAAUGACAACUAAUUAUCCCACAUAUGUCUUACCAAUUAUUUUUACAUUUUUAAUUUUAGUGCAUAUUAUCACAAAUUUGAACUUUAUAGCCAAUCCAUUCUGUCCACUCAGCUAAAAUAUGCUCUACAUAUUGUAACUAACCAGAUCUGAACUGUGGUAAGAUGUUUCUUAUGUAUUUAUAUACAUUGGUAGGUUUGGUAACACCUCCCACAUUACCAAAUAUUGUAUUGUUUUGAAAAGUCUCUUCCUGUAAAUCUUGAAUUUUCAGCUCUGAAGUAUGUAAUUUCUCUGUAAGUGUAAUGACCAUACAUCUAAACGGACUCUUGAUGAGAGAUGCUGAUGUAAAUAUUUUGAUGUUUUAUAGUUUAAAUCAAAGUAAAGAGUUGAUAUUUAACAUAUACCCAUAAGGCACUGAAAGUAUUGCAGUAAGAAUGGUUAUAUUUCCUGGAGAGUGACUAUUAAAUUAUUUUUUUGAAUAGUAUUUUCAGUUGGUGGGUGCUCUUGAGGAUAAUUCAAAGGAUUACAUCAUACAAAGAAACAGAUACAAACUCACAAACAAAUAUUACAAUUUGUAAUUCUAGAAAGCAUAGACUCAGCUUCAAAUCUAAAUGCAUUAAAAUUCUUUAUAGAUCAGAAAGUGUACAACAAUUAUGCAGAUAAGAUAUGGAGACAAUAAUACAAGUAAUUGUUACCACCAGUAUGAAGGCUAUAAAUUUUAUGCCUGCAGUAAUAUCUCCAAGGUAUAAAUUUGUUCUUUUCUCUCUCUCUCUAGUGUGUAAUUAACAGUGAUAACCAAACCUUGAACUUUUACCUGAAUCUCUAAAAAUGAAUAUACCUCUCUUGUCAGUCAAAACUUUCUAUCCCUAUGACAUAGACACCACCUCCUAAAUUUUGUGAUUUGGUUCUGCACCCUCACUUCUCUGGCACAAUUGUGGCCUUUGUUGAUGUUUCCUGUGUUUGCAGAGUCUAAAGAAGGAUUGUUAUGCAUAUAGGUCCAUUUAAUCAAGCUGUGCUUCUGGAAAUGCACAUUGUAAAUUUUGAUUGAUUAAAACCCAUUUUUACUUGAACUUUUGGGAAAAGGUUAUAAAUUCACAAAAACAAUAAGUAAACAUUUGCUGUUGCAGAAUUUACUUCUGAUUUAAGAAAGAUCAUAGGUUACUUAUUACUGUUAUGAAAAAUACUCUUAAUCAUGGAUUGAGGUUAUUUGGAGACAAAAUGUUUCGAAACCCUUACUGUAGUUGCUUUACUAAGGUGGUUGACCAUGACUUCAAUUUUUCAUUCAUAUCACCAUUUCCAGAGUGGCUUCUAGGCCUAUGAUCCUCCUGUUUUAUUGCAUCUGGUGGGGUGAAGGGAAGUUAGUCAUUUUCCCAGAAGCAAAAUCAGGUGGAGUACAAGCCUGGGCACUGAGCUUCAUCUAAACACUUAGAACUGACAAUAUGUGAACAUUUACCUCUAAACUCUUAUAUGCCUUCACUUUGUUCAUAAAAGUUUCUUUCUUUAUAGAUGUCCACUUUGAUUCCUUCCAAAAUAACUGAAGUUAUAAAUACAUGAAUGUGUUUUAAUCUCUUCAAACCCUCAAUAAACAAUCCACAAUUUAGCAAGUUCCUGUUUCCUGGUAUCAGCAAAAUUGAAAUUACAAACUUAUAGAGAUUAGUUGGUAGCUUUUUGCUUGACCCUAUGUAAAGCAAUUGAUUAUACAAAAAAGUUAUCAUAACACACUCUACAUUAAGAACUGCAGAUUGUUUAUAGCAAUAUUUUGUUUUGAAAUUGCUAACAAAAAGAGUGAAUCACACCUUAGUAAAGUUAUGUGUUAUAUUGAGAUAAUGUAAUAUAAAAUAAUCACUGACUUCCAACAACUUUAAUAAGAUGAGUGAAGUCAAUAGUGACUGCAAUAAGUUCACCUUUUUGCUAGCAGAACAUUUUCAAAUAGUGCUCCCCAGCUAUAGUUUGUCCCUUUCUGAGGUAGAGGUUCCUCUUGUAUCUAGGAAUGAGGAGUGUCAGAUUAAUAAAUAGCAGAAGAUCAAAACUAUGAAUGUGGUUUAUAAAUUUGUUAGAGAAAAGUCAGUCACAAGAUUCUUGUUAAUCCAUUGACAACAUUUUUAGGAUUAGUGCUAAUUUUGCUUGUGUCUUCUCUUCUUUGUGCAGGUGUAUGGGUAAAAGGUUGUUGCUAUUUUGAUGGACUCACAUCUGAAACUAUGAAAGAGAUGAAUUAAAUGGUUAUACUGAUACCAAAAUAAUAAUUGUGAACCUGAGUUAUUGUUAAUCCAGUCUGGUAUUAGUAAGAUCUUGGUGUCCCAUGUCAUUAUGUAAUUACACCAGUAUUUGCUAUAUUUUAAUUGCCAUGAAAUGGGGAAUAUGUUCAAAGCUUAAAGAAAGCCAAAUUGGAUGGAUGGCUGGAGUGCUGUAAAUGAACAUCACAUAUACAGUCAUUUUCUCAUUCAAACCAAUGAAGUAAUGGCUAAUUUUAUACAUUUUCCAUUGAGAAAUUAUACAUACAUACACUUUUUUAUUGCCCCUCCAAAUAUAAUGUUGCAAUCUGCAUAGAUUUAACUGUUGCGCUACCAAUUUCCAAAGCUUAAUACAUAUAUCUAGUUGUAUGUGCUUAUAAUUGCUGCCACAUCAGUAUUUUCUCUUGUGCUUUGAUAAUUACAAGUCAUCAGUAAUACCUGUUUGAAAACAUUAAAUAUUCCAUCCAUAUAUUAGUGCUAUUUUUGUGUUAUGUGAUAAAAUGUUCAUUUCUAGAUUUUGAAGAUUGCUGCUUGCUAUUUAAAAUUGUUCAUAACUUGUUUCCAGCUGAAUUUUCAAUUCUUGAAAUGAUUUACUAGUCAAUAUUAAUUCUUGUAGUUAUUUGAGAUUACAUUUAUAAAUACUGAUUUUUUUUUAAUAUAGCAAGGAAAAUAAUUAUUUAUAUCCUAGGUUUUUGUGUACAUUUUAAGCUAUCCAGGGAUGAAGAUGAUAACUUUGUGGAAUUACCUGGUAGGUCCCGUGCUGUUGAGCUUACAUAGAAGUACUGAUUAACCUAAUGAUUAUGGGUUGAAAAUGGGGCACUGCAUGGAACAUAACACCUUCAUUGAGAGAUUCAUACAUUUUUUACAAGGAAAAUGUUUGUUUGUAAUGCCAGUGUCUUCUUUCCUUGUCUUGAAAUUUCAAGGUAUAACAACAACAAUAAUCCUGCAGGAUUAUUUUGGCUUUACGUAUUGUUUCUGCAGUUUGAAACCCUAUCAUGUGGCAAGGAAUGUACUAGAGAAAAGCUAGAUUGCAACUCAUAAUUGUGAAACAUUCCAUUUAUGUGUGUGUAUUAGAGAUGGAAGGCACUGCUAUGGUUGUAAACUCAAUAAAGAAAUUGUAACUGUAUAUAUAAAAUAUUUGUAAUGGUCAAGGUUCGCUAUGUCAUCGGAAUAUCUUGGUUGACAUGUUUACUAUUUUGAACAUACAGUUUCCAUUGACAAUUAUUGAUAUGUGCACAAUCAAUAGUUUCAGUUAACUUGAGCAAGAUAUCCUCAUUGAAUUUUUUUUGCUAAGUAUCAGACUUCAGACAUUUUGAUUAUUUCAUGUUAACUUAAAAUUUAAUUAGUUUCAUUAAUUUAAAUUAAAGUUCAUUUGGAAGAAUUUUUUACCUUCCUAUGAAAUUAGUAACCAUUCUGAUGUUACCAUGAACGAAUGAUUCUAUAAACUGCAGGUUUUUAGGAGAGCUACAGUGUUUAGUCUCCUAAAACUAGGAACAAAGGGCCAUUUCCUACCAAUUGUCUUUGAGAAUUGAUAAUGUAAUUGUGAUUCAUUUUGUUGGUUGUGAUGUAAUUAUAACUGAAUGUUUUCCACUGUCUGAUAUUUGCUGCACAAAUAAAACAUACCAUGCAAUAAUGCAUGUCAUAUCCAAUUUGGGUUAAUGUUAA